GCCUUGCUAGCGCUCUACAAGACUAUGGCGAGCGGCUUCGGGAAAAACAAGGUCGGGAGGUGCUACUCGAUAUUCUCUGUUUUCGAAACAUGCAUGAACACGGAGCCCGACUCCUCGGUAUGCUACGACUUCCGCAAGCAGUACUUCAACUGCUUACACUUGCCAACCGUUAACACGAUGUCCGAAAAGCAGAUGGAUUUCAUGGAGGAGCGCAAAGACACCCUCGUCCUGGCGUCGAAGGCUCUCCAAUCCGGGGCAAGCGGUAGUGCGCCAGCUAAACCACCGGGAGAAGAAUCAACAUAGCGCCGCCUUACGUCCGACAAUAGUUAUUCGUAGAGUACCUUAAGAGGCGCAGACAUGGCAUCGAGUUUUCAAAGCUCGAUUUUUCUCCGCAAGCAACGGGGGUGCGAAAGAGCCCGAUCGAAGCCCCCUCGACGAGAUGUUCCUACAACCACAAUUUUCGGUGUUGGCAAAAUCUUCAGUGGUCGAGCAAUCGAGCUCUUUGAAAACCGGUCUAGGGGAGGGUGCCAUAUCUCCGCCUCUUCACGGUACUACUGACCAGGAAAGGGGGGGCAGCGGCAGAGGAGGGGGUUGGUGCUUCUUGUCAGGGUUUUUUUAUGGUCCCCUCAGUGGCUCGCCGGAGUGCCAAUGGGGUGCAUGGAUCGAGCGGGAUUUUCGUUCAAUGCGGUGUGUUGAUUCUUCCCACGGCUUUGGGAUGGUCGGCUUACACAGAUCGCAUUGGUUUACGUGAUGAGUGAGCUUUCGUUCAAAGGAUGGAGGCGUGUCUGGCGCUCCGUUUGGGCCUGCGGAGCGCAACUCAUACGGCCAAGAGAUGACCUGCUUUCAGGUAGUUUGAGCACGUCGCAAGCUGGCAAACGUGUUACUUCUACAAAUAGUGGUUGUUUUUUUCCCUUCCGAUGGACGCUUUGAAGACUGUCGUACUGCCGUGUCGAAUGGCUUUCACGUCGCUACUUGUUUAGCUUCUUGCUGAACAACAUCAUCGAUGACGGGAUGAUGCGGACGUUAAAACAUUUCUGUGGAGGUAUGGAGUUCCGGGCUCGUAGGUGUGCUGUUCGAUCGACCGCGUCGCACGUACCGAGCACGGGAUCCAAAUCGCUGUCGGCAUGACGCAGUCGCUCCUAGUCACUCUUGACCAAGCGGUGGUGUGUUGCGAGCUCAGGUGCUGGAUGGCAUAUAUAUGCACACCCAGAUACCGCGCCCCACCGGGUCGAGCCGCGGUUUCGAGGGCACCAAUGAGCCGUCUCACGCCCAGCACGUUGUACCAGCCAUACCC